AUGAAUGACAAGUUACCGGAAGGUAUAGAAAGUACUGAUACUUUCCAAAAGGCUGAAACGCCUUCAGAGACGACUGCUAAUGAAUCUCCAAGAGGUUCAUGUGAGAAAGGAUCCCCUACUUUGCAAACAACUGAGGUUAAGAGGCAAGUUAAAAGAGGUCUUGAAUCCCGUCAUGUCAGUAUGUUGGCUUUGGGAGGAACCAUUGGUAGUGGUUUGUUCAUUGGUACCUCUACCCCUCUACAUGAGGCAGGUCCAGUGAAUGCUUUGAUUGCAUAUCUCUUCUUCGGUUUGCUUACAUUCUCAGUUACGCAAUCCCUUGGUGAGUUGGCAACACACACUCCAGUUACAGGAUCUUUCUGUAUUUUCAAUACAAAAUAUAUAUCCAAGUCUAUUGGUAUGGCUACAAACUGGCUUUAUUGGUUCCAAUGGCCAAUCACCUUUGCUGUUGAGUUGUUUGCCAUUGCUCAAAUCAUUGAGUAUUGGACAGACGCAGUUCCUAACUGGGCUUGGAUGCUUAUAUUUUAUGUUUUCUUGACCGCAAUAAAUUUCUUCCCAGUUAGAUACUACGGAGAAAUCGAAUAUUGGGUUGCACUGGUUAAAAUUAUUGCAAUCGUUGGUUUCAUCAUCUACGCUUUCUGUAUGGUUUGUGGUGCAGGAAAGACAGGUCCUGUCGGUUUCCGUUAUUGGAGACAUCCUGGUCCAUGGGGUGCCGGUGCAGGACUUGUUAAGAAUACAGACACUGAUAGGUUCCUUGGUUGGCUUUCUUCUUUGAUUAAUGCAGCUUUCACAUAUCAAGGUGUUGAGUUCACGGGUAUUGCUGCAGGUGAGUCUUCCAACCCUAGAAAGACGGUUCCAAAGGCUAUUAAUAAGGUUAUUUUCAGAAUUCUUAUAUUCUAUAUACUUACCUUGUUCUUCAUUGGUAUGCUUGUUCCAUACAACGACCCUGAUCUUACCAAUGACACCACCUUCAUAUCGUCUUCUCCAUUCUUGAUCUCGAUUAAGAAUAGUGGUACCCCUGUUUUACCUCAUAUCUUCAACGCUGUUAUGCUUUUCACUGUGACUUCUGCAGGUAACUCCGAUAUUUAUAUUGGAUCAAGAGUUCUAUAUGCUAUGGCAGGUACCACUGCUCCAAAGUUCUUUCAUAUGACGACCAAACAAGGUGUUCCUUUCCUUGGUGUUGCCGUUACCUCGUCAUUGGGACUUUUGUGCUUCCUCAACAUAACCAAUAGUGGCCAGACUGUUUUCAAUUGGUUACUUGAUAUUUCGGCAACUGCCGGUAUUAUUGACUGGAUCUUUAUCAGUGGUGCCCACUUAAGAUUCAUGAAUAUUCUAAAGAGAAGAGGUAUAUCUAGAGACACAUUGCCUUACAAAGCAUGGGGAAUGCCUUUCUUUGCAUGGUUCUCGUUCAUUUCUUUGAUUAUCAUUGUUUUCAUUCAAGGUUACGCAGUGUUCUUCGAUUUCAAUGCCUCAGAUUUCUUUGCAAACUACAUAUCCUUGGUGUUGUUCUUCGCAAUAUGGAUUGGUUCGCAACUUACGACGUAUAGAAAAGAUCCUUGGUUAAUUCCCCUGGACGAUGUCGAUAUUGAUACUGAUGCUAGAGCUAUAAAUGAUGAGAUAUGGGAGGAUGAAGUUUGUACAGAAAAGUUCAAGAUGACUAAGCCUAAGGGCUGGAGAGGGCGUGCACGCUAUUACUUUGACAGGCUCAUAGAUUUCGCAAAUUAA